UUAUUUUGAAUACCAUGAGCGAUAUCAUCCAACCCUUUAUCAAAAGGAAGAUGAAGCUGCAAAUGUUCCUGUGCCUGCGUUUAGGCCUCCAGAGUAUAGUGCUUCAAAAAGCAGAGGUUCUCUGGCAUUUUACGCUGCAGUCGCAGCAUCAACCACCAAAAAGCAACGAAACUGUUUGUAGCGAAAGUGCGACUGGCGUAUCAGGAGGAUAAGCCUAGUGGUGUAUUGUGGGAGAGACAGAAGCUACAGACCAGAGGCACAAUAUGUGUUGGCUCUCGCCUAAAAGGAGGCAGUAUUCUUCAAGCUAAACCAUGUAAUGUAAGCGGCGAAAGGAAAGCAUUUUUGUCUUUUCGUCAAAUAAAGAGAUAGCGCUCUAUUGGACGAAUCAUGUCCAAGCCAGGGGAGAGAAACAGAUUGAACGAAGACCAUGGCAGAAAACAGAGUUCAAGUUUGGCGAACGGCAUGGACAGUCAUUCUGGCUCGACAGAGAAGCGGAGUCACCACUGGAGAAGUUACAAGUUGAUUAUUGACCCAGCUCUGAAGAAAGGCUCCCACAAACUGUAUCGCUAUGAUGGGCAGACUUUCAGCAUGCCCAACCCCGGAUUACCUCCUGUGGAUACCGUUCGAGAUCCAAGGAUAGGUCGCCUAUGGACAAAGUACAAAGAGACCGACUUACCUGUACCCAAGUUUAAGAUCGAUGACUGCUACAUUGGGCGGGUACCUCCAAAGGAGGUAACAUUUGCUCGACUGAAUGAUAACAUAAGGGAAGGAUUUCUGACAGACAUGUGCAAAAAAUUUGGGGAAAUUGAGGAGGUUGAGAUUCUUUAUAAUCCUAAAAACAAGAAGCACUUGGGAAUUGCCAAAGUUGUUUUUGAAUCCGUUAAAGCAGCCAAAGUGGCCGUGCAGUCGCUGCACAACACCUCUGUGAUGGGAAACAUCAUCCACGUGGAGCUGGAUCCUAAAGGUGAGAAUCGCCUCAGAUACUUUCAACUUCUGAUGAAUGGCAGCUACACGCCACGGACCCUACCUGUUGGUGGUGAGGAGGCUAAAGUCUCCCCUCGAACCCUUGCAGAAGCCAUUUUGGCUUGUGAGCCCAUUCGGAGGUUGUCUGAAAGCAACGCUACUGGAGGAGCAGUACCACCCAGCAACUCCACAACUCCUCUGUCAUCAGAGGCGGGAUACUCCAGCCUAAGGCAGGACACACCACAGUCCCAGGGAACACCUCACACCCCUCGCCAGACCAGUACACCCUUUUCUCAAGACUCCAACUACUCCUCUCGACAGUCCACACCUGCAUAUCAACCCAACCGGGCUGAGAGCUCAGCAGGCUACAAAUCCCGCAGACACGAGAGCAAGUUUCAGGAUGCCUACAAUCGUCGUCCAGAGAGACCUCAGUAUCGAAGCAACAUGUACCGGAGUUCAUCAUCAGAACAAGCCCCUUACAAGCAGCAGCAGGUCACUCCACCUGAGCCCCCACCAUCAACCCCAUCAUACAGCUAUACAACUCCUACCCCACCUACACCCAGCUUCAAGUCAGCCUUUUCCCCCUACCAGACCCCUCUGCCCCCGGCUUUCCCUCCUUCUGAGCCUUUCCAUCACCCAGUCCAGAGAGAGACUGAGUAUCUUAGACCACCUCAGCCACCUCCGGAAGCUCCUUCCGACUUUGUGACAGUCAAAGAUCGGCCAGAAACUCCCCCUAUACCUGAGCCCCCACCUGAACCUGUUGCACAACCAACUACCCCACCUCCCCAAACCCCAGAACGCUGCCCCUCUCCUGGCUCCCCAAACAUGGAUUCUGAACGAAAUAGUCUGGAUUCCAGGAUUGAGAUGCUUCUAAAGGAAAAAAGGACAAAACUGCCGUUCCUAGCAGAACGAGACUCUGACACAGAGGUUCGGAUGGAAGGAAGUCCCAUUUCAUCGUCAUCCUCUCAGCUAUCCCCUAUUCCCCCCUUCACAGGCAGCUCUCAGGGUGGCCAACAGAACUCUCGGCCUUGUAGCACCGGUUUGGAGGACAUCAGUCCAACUCCACUGCCGGACUCUGAUGAUGAUGAGCCCAUCCCUUCAACUGCAUCCCUCCUGAGGAGAAUCAGCUCACCCAUACGGGACAAGAGGAGCAAAAGUGACUACAAAGAUGGACAUUAUCGAGGCCACACUCCUACAGAUAAAAUGGACAUGAGCCAUCAUUCGUCGGGAGAAGAUAUGGAAAUCUCUGACGAUGAGAUGCCCAAUACACCCAUCACCAGUGGGGACUGUGGCAAAGGCAUUGUGGUGAACUCUGCUAUGUCGCCAAUGCAGACACUGGCCCUGCAUCCUCCCGGCUUCCCUCCUCUGCACCAGACAGGCUACCCCAUCCCACACCACCACUACGGACCACAUUCUGGUGUCCCUGGACACCCACAUCUGACUGACCCUCAUGGAGUUCCCCACCAUAUGCUGCCUCACAUGGGUCCUUACCCCCACGGCAUGGUUCCUCUCAUGCAGAUGGAGCUCAUGAACUGUUUAAGAUGGGAGCAAUGGAGCACUGUCCCCAUGUCUUUUCAGAUGCAGCAGCAGGUUCUGAGUCGCAUGGCUCAAACAAGAGGGCCAUAUUCCUACCCACACUACAUGGACAGCUCCUUUGGAGGUCCAUACCCCCCUUUGUCCAUGAGUGCAUCCCCAAUGAGUGGAGCAGGCACACAUGGGCAACCAUGGCAGCAUGCUAGCGUACCAAAGUUUAAUCCAACAGUUCCUCCUCCUGGAUAUGAUUCCCAAAAGGAUGAUCCUCACAAAGCUACUGUGGAUGGAGUGUUGCUAGUCAUAGUCAAAGAACUUAAGGCCAUCAUGAAAAGGGACCUUAAUCGCAAAAUGGUAGAGGUGGUGGCCUUCAGAGCUUUUGACGAAUGGUGGGAUAAGAAGGAGCGCUCAGCUAAGGCAUCGUUGACACCAGUGAAAGGAGCAGAAGGUAAAGAAGAAGAAACCAAGCCUAAACCUAAAGAGACAAUGGGUUCCAGUCUGUUGGAAAACUGGAACAAGGGUGAAGCUUUAGGUUACGAAGGGAUGGGCCUGAGCAUUGGUCUGCGAGGAGCUAUCCGUUUGCCAUCCUUCAAGGUGAAAAGAAAAGGUCCUCCUGACGCUGCUGCAGCAAGUGAAAGCAAACGCGCACGACCCUCCACUCCAGUGGACGAUGAGCUUGAGGAUGAAAGUAAACCCACUGAUGAGUCUAAAAUGGAUGGGGACAGCACAGCAGCAAAGCGACGGCAUUCUCGACCUCUUGAACUGGACAGUGAAGGAGAGGAGGCAGACACCUCGGAGAAGGAGGAGUCUCUGUCUGAUCGGGAGGAGGAGCCAGAAGAAACUGAGGCCAAGCAGGCCUCUUCAAAUAAAGAGAGUGAAGAUGAGAGUGAUGAAGAGCAGGAGCGAGAGUCAUCAACUGAGGGCACAUCCUCAGAUUCAUCUGAUGAAGAAGAGGGGCAAUCCGUCAUGUCUAAAGCCAGCUCAGACUCUGGGUCAGACAGCUCUGACUCUUCUGAAUAUGAGGUGAGCUCUGAGGAAGAAGAAAGUGAGGAGGAAGAGGAUAAAGGAAGUGAGGUCGAGGACGGCAGUAGAAAGACUUCUUCAUCCUCCUCUUCAUCGUCAACCUCUUCUGAUGAUGAGAGCGAGACAAAAGAGGCAGCAAGCUCUCCUUUGGGACAUCUCUCAGAGGACAGGCAAGACCACAAAAGUAAAGAGGAGGUCACAGCCAAGACCAGAUGCAGACCACCCAGUCCCAUGGAAGAGCCAGAGGAGAAAGUCAGACCUCCAUCACCUGCCCCAGAAAACGAGCGAGACAUAAGUGGUGACAUUACAACUUUGAAGUCUGGGUCUCGGGAACUUCAAGCAAACCUUCGGCCUCCCACUCCGACUGGCAUCGUGGAGGACAGUGACCAAAAGUCAAAACCCAAAGGUAAAGCUGAACCAGAGGAAGUGGCCUGCACUGAUGCUCAACUAACAUCUGUAGAGUCAAACUCCUCUGCCCCGAAACCCCUAGCAUCUUUAAUGCACCUCCCUCUUCCUCCUCACCCCUCUCUGGAGGGGCGCUCCCUCCUUCACCCGCCCCCUGCUUCACUGCCGGACCUCCCCCAGCGGCCUCGGCUCCCUACAGACGAGGAUACUCCGCGUACACCAGGCAGGGACCUGUUGGAGCGAGCUCGGAGUCUGGGCAAGUCCCAGAGCACCGACACGGUGCCCAUCACGCCUGGAGGUGACGCUCCGCUGACCGGCAGCGGUCUGCUGCUUAGCUCCCCUCAUAUUCCUGGUAGUCCUUUCUCCUACCCUGCUCAGUCUCCUGUUCUUAGUGCUGGUGUACCCCGAACACCAGGAAGAGAUUUAACCUUCACCCCUGUGUUCCCUGACCCCACAGCACUAAGCCUCAACAGGAAAACAUCCUCUGCCAGCAUUGAUGAUGGUCCUGUGUUCAAAGAGCCGCCUGUCAGUGCUCUGCCAAAUCAGACCUCCUCUGUUUGUGAGGAUCUCUCUGCAUCUCUGUCACUGGAUGUUCCUAUUCCAUCUGACUCUGCAUCAUCCAAGAAGAAGGCUGCAAGAGUCAAAGCCAGGAAGACCCCAAUGGCCUCUGAAGCAGAAGAGUCUCUUAAGGUCAUCCCAGAGUCUGUCCUUCAGGAGACAUAUCUGUCCAGUAAGUCCCCUGAACGCACCACUCUGGACUUUAGGGAAGACGAGGUGGAACCUCAAAUGGUCAUACCUCCUGAAGAUGGAUUUGUGUCGUAUGAUGAUGAGGAGCGCAUAGUGAAGCCCACUCGAAGGGCGCGCAGGGGCUGGGAGGAGCUGCUGCUGGGCAGCCUGUCUCCUGUCACAACACCCCCUCGCACGUUCUUCAAACCCCGGUCAGAUUUCGAGGAGAUGACCAUCCUGUAUGACAUCUGGAAUGAAGGAAUUGAUGAAGAGGAUGUGCGACUUUUGAAGAUCACCUAUGAGAAGAUGCUGCAACAGGACAACGGCAACGACUGGCUGAAUGACACCCUGUGGGUCAACCAUCCUACUACUAACAUCCCUGGAGUGAAGAAAAAGCGCAGAGAUGAUGGUAUGAGGGAUCACAUGACUGGCUGUGCACGAAGUGAAGGAUACUAUAAAAUCGACAAAAAAGACAAGAUCAAAUACCUUCAAAGUACACGUCUUCAGUCAGAGGAGGUUCCAGUUGAUACACAGGGGAUGAGUAUUCCUGCUCAGGUCCAUGCCUCUACCAGAGCGGGCUCGGAGCGGCGAUCAGAGCAGCGGCGUUUGUUGUCCUCUUUUGCCUGCGACAGUGACUUACUCAAGUUCAACCAGCUCAAGUUCCGUAAGAAAAAGAUUCGAUUUUGUAAGUCGCACAUCCAUGACUGGGGUCUGUUCGCUUUGGAGCCUAUUGCUGCUGAUGAAAUGGUUAUCGAAUAUGUUGGACAAAAUAUCCGACAGGUCAUUGCUGAUAUGCGAGAGAAGCGCUAUGAAGAGGAGGGAAUUGGUAGCAGCUAUAUGUUUCGUGUUGAUCAUGAUACAAUUAUAGAUGCAACCAAGUGUGGCAACUUUGCCCGCUUUAUCAACCACAGCUGUAAUCCGAACUGUUAUGCGAAGGUCAUCACAGUGGAGUCUCAAAAGAAGAUUGUGAUUUACUCCAGACAGCCAAUUAACGUCAAUGAGGAGAUCACAUACGACUACAAGUUCCCCAUUGAGGAUGAAAAGAUUCCCUGUUUGUGCGGUGCGGAGAACUGUCGGGGAACACUGAAUUAAGUCUAACAGCCUCGACACUGCCCCUGACAUUAAGGCACUGUCCUGAACUUCUACAGAGGAGUUUUUGAGGAGUGGUGAGAACUUGACUGGACAUGGUAUGUGCCUGUCUGGCUUUCUUCACCCAUUAAACUCCUCAGUGUUUACAAUUUAUGGUGCUCUUGAAAUGCAUAGUUUAUAUAAUAUAUUACCUUUUACCCAUAAUUUACAAAAAGCUCAACAUCCCCUCACUCAGCAUCAUUACAUCCAGUAUUCAAGCAUGGUUCCUUCCAGAUUUGUCCCUUUCUGCCUUUCCAUUUAUCGAGCUUUAUCUUCACCAUGUGGUACAAAGACCCAUCUUUAGCUUUUUAAUAGAGUUGAGAUGCACAAACCGGCAAGAAAAUAUCUACUCUGUGGUGGCGAUCUGUUAGAAGCUCAUUCUUGGACAGUGAAGUUUUGAUGUCCAUUAUGGAAUUUUAUCCUGUCUCUUCUACCUCUUAUAAAAAUCAAGUAAUGCAAUCCUCCUGUCCUGCCACUAAAAUUUGGAUUCUUUGGAUAUCAUGUUGUCACCAGCUAACAGUGAAUCAUGCAGCUUCCCAAAUAGUUUAUGCAAAAAAGACGAGCAACACGUUGUGUUAAAGCUAUUCCAGUAUUUUCUAAUUAUGUUUUGGCAAUAUCAUGCUUGUUUCUGUGGCUUUGUUUGAAAGCGUGUGAAUGAGAGUAUUUAUGACCUGAAUGUGAGUGCACUGCCCCCCUCAGGCCACAGUGUACAAGGCCAAUCAUGUGGAUAAUUAAUGUGAAGAUUGAAUUACCUAAUUUUGACUUCUAUAAGGCAGCAUUCUAAAUUACUGUAAAACAGACCUAAUGGAGAAAGUACUUAUUUAUGUGCCAUAUAAAAUGUAGGUUGUGUGAGUAUUAACAUGUACUGCGUGUUUGGUCCAUGUCCUUAGUUCUCACUGCAGCACCUCUAUGUUUCUGCGCAGCGGUUUCCCUGAGCUCAUUAUGAAGAGCUUUUGAAUGCACUUCUGUGCUUUGCAUUGAACUAACCCUCCUUAGACCAAGUCAGUCACUGCUCAACAUUGGCUUUGCCUUUUCCCAUGUUUAUAUUGUGUAUAUGACUUGUAUAGAAGAUAUAAAUGUUUUUUAUCUUCCUAGGAUUCAGAAUUUUUAAGCCUCCUCUUUUUUUAAAAGACAAGACUGCGUAUUUAAAAUAUUUUCAGGGAACUGUGAAAGGAAUCUUGAGAGUUUCAAAUGGUGUACAGGACGGAGCCUCCACUUCCCUUUGAGAGAUUGUUUCUUGUAGAAACGUCUUCAUUUUUCUGCCAAUUUGCUCUGUAAUUCUAACAUGUAAAUACUGUAACUGUGAAUAUGAUAUAAAUAUAUAUAUUUUUGUUUUUGGUAAAUGCUACAAGGAACAGCUCUGAUCUUUGUAACAUAAUGAGGUGCGCAAAAGAGCUGGUAGCAGGAAAUUCAGCUUGUGUCAAGCUUUGUUUUUUAUUUUCAGUUGUAAAUUCUAUGAACAUUUGUUUGCAGUGUGAAGUUUAAAUAAGCAAAAGAUGCAGAAUUGGCAUGAGAAGAGGAACCACACAUUGCCUGUUCUCAUGUCUAUUUAUUACAACUAAUAACAAAAUGUAUGAAAAGAAAAUAAAGCAAUUUUGAAUACAUCCAUCAA